CGGCCCGCGGGAGCCGUGAGGGGGCCCGGCCCGCGGGAGCCGUGAGGGGGCCCGGCCCGCGGGCUGUGGCGGGGAAUGGCGCACAGCGCCCUCGCCACCCCCGGGACAGGCCCGGACCUUCCCGCCUCAGGAGGGGCUGCCCCGGGGGUGUGCGGGCUCUCGGCCCGGGCUCCGCACGGCCCUCCUCGGGCACGGGCCAGUGUCUGGUGUAUUACUGAGUGAAAGCAGCAAAACUGCACAUAAUACAUCAAUAAUACAGUACAAGUUGAGACUGGUCAUGAAGACCUUUUGUGGAAGAGCUAAUCCAACCACUGGCGCCAUGGAGUGGUUAGAGGAGGCUGAGGACUAUGACUACCACCAGGAGAUUGCCAGGUCACGCUAUGCAGAUAUGCUUCACGAUAAAGACAGAAAUGUGAAGUACUACCAAGGUAUUCGUGCUGCAGUGAGCAGGGUGAAGGAAAGAGGUGAGAAAGCAAUAGUUCUGGACAUAGGCACUGGCACAGGACUCCUGUCCAUGAUGGCAGCUUCAGCUGGGGCGGAUUUCUGCUAUGCAAUUGAGGUUUUCAGGCCCAUGGCUAAUGCUGCUGUGAAGAUAGUGGAGAAAAAUGGUUUUUCUGACAAGAUUAAGGUAAUCAACAAGCACUCCACUGAAGUCACAGUUGGCCCAGAUGGAGAUAUGGAAUGUCGUGCAAACAUCCUGGUCACAGAAUUAUUUGAUACAGAGCUGAUAGGAGAAGGAGCUUUACCAACAUAUGAGCACGCACACAAAUACCUUGUACAGGAAGGAUGUGAGGCAGUGCCUCACAGGGCAACAGUGUAUGUCCAGUUAGUGGAAUCCAAAAGAAUGUGGGCCUGGAACAAACUGUUUCCCGUUCAUGUCGAAGCAGAGGAUGGUGAAAAAAUUAUUGUUCCCCCUUCAGAAAUGGAGAACUGUCCAGGUGUUCCUUCUGUUUGUGAUAUCCAACUGAACCAGAUGCCCUCAAGCGACUUCACUGCCCUUAGUGAUGUGGUGACAAUGUUCAGUGUGGAUUUCAGUAAGCCAGUACAGAGUGCUUCAACCUGCUAUAGAGUGCAGCUGGAGUCUGUUAAAUCUGGGAAGGCACAAAUUGUUCUUUCCUGGUGGGACAUUGACAUGGACCCCUCUGGGAUGAUAAACUGCACAAUGGCUCCCUACUGGGUAAACCCCACUUCUGCUUUGCAGUGGAGAGAUCACUGGAUGCAGUGUGUGUAUUUCCUGCCCGAGGAGGAGCCGGUUGUGCAGGGUGAGAAGGUGCACCUGACUGCCUGUCGGGAUGAGUACUCUGUGUGGUACACGCUGCAGAAAGCCAGUGAAGAGGAGAAUGAAGUGGCUGUGGGUGUUGAGAGCCCAGUGUGUAGGUGCCAUGCUCACCUGCUGUGGAACAGAGCACGCUUUGGGGAGUUAAACGACCAGGACCGGACCCAGCAGUACAUCCAGGCACUGAGGACAGUUCUGGACACAGAUAGUGUUUGCCUUUGUAUCAGUGAUGGCAGUCUGCUGCCUGUGCUGGCUCACUAUCUUGGAGCAAAGCAGGUGUUUACAAUAGAAAACUCUGGUGUGUCCUGUUCUGUCAUGGAAAAAUUUUUUAAAGCAAAUCAUCUUGAAGAUAAAAUUAAAAUAAUAGAAGCACGUCCUGAGUUGCUGAAGCCUUCUCAUUUCGAAGAUAAAAAGAUUUCCGUUCUUGUGGGAGAGCCGUUUUUCAGUACAAGUUUGUUGCCAUGGCAUAACUUGUAUUUCUGGUAUGCCAGGACAGCUGUGAGCAGUCACCUCACCAGCAAUGUCACUGUCCUACCUCAGUCUGCUUCUUUGCACAUGAUGAUUGUGGAGUUCCAGGACUUAUGGAGAAUCCGGAGUCCAUGUGGCAUCUGUGAAGGUUUUGAUGUCCAGACUAUGGAUGAUAUGAUUAAAGAUUCUCUGAAUUUUAGGGAAUCCAAGGAAGCAGAACCUCACCCUCUGUGGGAAUAUCCUUGCAGGUCACUGUCUGACCCACAGGAAGUUUUGACAUUUGACUUCAGAACGACUGUGCCCCAGCACUGUCUCAGCACUGAGGGCUCUGUAAAUCUUUUGCGGAAAGGAAAGAGCCAUGGAGCAGUUUUGUGGAUGGAAUAUCAUCUUGCUGCAGAUAUCUCCAUAAGUACAGGACUGAUGCGAAUUUCAAAUGAAAAGGGAAACUGUGACUGGAAUCGCCACUGCAAGCAAGCUGUCUAUUUCUUCAGUUCUGUUAUUGAGUCAGAAACUCUGGCAGCCCCUGCUGCUGUCACAUAUGCUAUACACUUUGACACAAAGACAGGGGAGAUUGCCAUGGAUUUUAAGCUAUUAUAAAAUACUUUACUUUUGCUCAUAUUCCUAAAUUAUAAUAAACUUUUUUUUCAUACAGCAGAGGGAUAUUUUUAUUGUGCUCAGGGAACAAACUGUUCUGAAACAUGCUUUUAACAUUUUGGGAUUUUUUUUCAAAAUACGUACUUGGUGGGGCAGAGAGGAACUGUUUCUUAGAGUCAGGUAUUCUUGACAGGGUUUAUAUACACAUAUACACAUUCUUGUCAUCAUCUGUGUCAGUGUUUUGCAGCAUACCAUGGAGCUAAAAGGCAGGUGCUUGCUGAUUGUUGCUUGGCAUGGCAGUAGAUGAGGACACAGCCUUUCGCUGACAUUAAAGUGAGUUAAAACCAUCUGGUUCAAGCUUUGCUCUUGUCACUGUAAAAAGGGAAAUAAUCUUCAGAGUGCUCAAAAAGAAAUCCCAAGUCAAGCCACAUCUGUGUGCUGGUGCACCUGACAGGGAGGAGGAAACAGCUCAGCUGCUCCCAGGCUUGGCGAGGCUGUGGCUCGUAUUCACCCGAAAGGGUCAGUGGAUUAAGGUGGGUGCACUGACGUUCUGCUGACGUCUUUAGAUGCUGCAUUUCUGGACAGCGAUAUCCCAAACAGUGACCAAAAUCUGGAAAGCUGUAACUGAAAAUUGGAAAAUGUACAUAUUCAGGUUAAUCGGAAGUGACAAACUGAUGGUAGUCUGAGAAACAAAAGAAGAAGAGUUGUAGUCUAAAAAUCUUGCAAAUCUUUUGGAGAUACGUAAUAUGCAUUAUAUGAUUAAAAAUGUGGCCUUAUUCUGUCAGAGGCCUAAAUAAUAUCUGCCACUUUAGCUUAGGUGUAGGUUGCUCUGCAAUACCAUGUCCUCAUCUGAGGUUUUCUUAGUUGUACUCCAUGUUGGCAGAAAUUGUAUUGUUGAAAUUAAUUCUGCUUUAGAUGAUCUGGUGUAUCUGUUUUGUAUGUGUGACCCAUUAAGGGAAAUAGAAAAUCAGUGUACUGCCUGUCCUAAAUUAUGUCAGCCAGCCACAGGGAUAACUGCUUACCAAAGCUACUCCUGUUUCCUCUGAGCAGCAGCUUUAGCAAAGUGAAAGGAAUACCAUAAAGAAACCAUGAGGGAGGAGCACAGCCCACUCUGCUCUGCUUUGCUGAUCACCAUGAUACAUCAUUCUUGUGAGUAGGAAUUUUUUCCUAAUGGUGUAGUUAUAUUUAUAGACCCACAAGCCAUCUGAAAUAUUCCAAAACUUUUCAGAACCAUUUUCCUGACAAACAGAAACCCUGCAGCACCUGCUGAGAUAUGUGAAUUUCACUUUUCAAAACUGUACUUUUAAGAUGCUUAACUCCAGUCUGUCAUUUCUUACAGACUUUGCUGGACUAUAUAGGUUACUGUUCAUUAAACAUUUGUUUUAGUUUUUAUACACUGUGCCUAGCCCACAGAAAGUAUGGUGGCACAAUCUGUUAUGUGUUGGGAACAUAAGCAGUGCAAUUGUAAAGGAAACAAAAGUAGUAAAGGCUUGGCUCUUUGGUUUUUUUGAAAGGCACAGGCACAGUUGUGCAAGCCUGAAAAGAGCUUGCAUUAUAAAACUGCUCUUCUCCUGACUGUGUCCUGUAACUGUGUCUGGGCUGACACAGAAAGGUGAGCUGCUGUUCUCGUUCUGCAGGAGGAAUAGCUUCUGGAAGUGCAGUUAACUGCACAGAUGAUUCUGGAUCCAACAGAACAGGACAGUGUUUCAAAGGGAACACAGAACUAAUAGACAGCAAUGUAUUAGAAUUUAUAUUUUUGGAAAAAAUAAAGUAAGAUAGAACAAAACCACACCAAAACUUACAGUAUUUCAUUGGGUAGUAUUAAGUUCCUCAGAGAUAAUUGUGUAUGUAUGUGCCUGAAUUGUACUUCCUGAGAAAAAACAAAACAUACAUUAGCUGCAGUGCCAAAGGGAAGUAAUCCACAUCGAUGGGAAUUUGUAUUUUGUUAUCAGUAUUAUGGAUGUUGAAGUUAUGUGGGCACUGCAGUAGAUACUGGGCAUGGUGACUGAGAGGCACCCUUGUUAAACCUCUUGGUAUUGUGAGGCUUGGGAUGUUCUCAGGGGUGGGUGAGUGAAAGUGAAGAGCACAGGCCAGGUGUAGUAGCAGCAGCCUGUCUGCAGAACUGUGCUCAGGGCUGAGCUGGGGCAGUUCAUGGGAACUGCUCUGUGUGCAUAUGAGGAAAAACAUAAAUUUCAGUAUACUUGGAGCAGAAAUUGUAUUGCUGCUAUCAAAAAAUAAAAGGCUGGAAAGAUUGAAUGCUGAGCA